GAUAGUUGCCGCUAGCUGGCCCCCUCUGCGUGUGAGUCGGUCGGCCAAGUCCGACGCAGCUUCAUCUUACCGCCUCCGUGGUGAGAUGGAGGAGACAGGCAACACGGCGAAAAAGACCUGUCCAACCCGAGCAUCCAAUGCGUGUUCAGCGAGAGAAACUUUUCCAACUGUCAGAUGUCGGCCGAUCGGAAGUCGUCCUUGCUGCGCAUAGAUGGGGCAAAGCUGCAGGGCUGCGGCUCCGACUGCAGAGAAGUCUAGACUCUUUUACUAUGUUACUCGGACCACAUCAGUCAUGGCGCCUUGGGCCCUCCUCAGGAGAUUGGGGAUUGACCCGUAAUAAUGUCUCCUCUCACUCGGGAUUCAGGGGCAGACUCGCCAAUCUACCUGCCAUAUUACACAUCUUGACAAUGCUUCGUGUGUUGACCCUGCACAAGCACCACCACGGAUUAUGUCCGACCGGGGCUCGUCGCAUGGUGCCAGCCAGCGCUUCCUGCUCUUGCUCGUGCAUGGUCUGAUCUGCCAUCUGCAGCUUCCUUCCUCGCGAUAGCACCGACGUCACCGCAAGCUCUCUUUGCGCACUGCAGGUACCCAACAUUGAACCCCACCCACCACCACCAGCGCUCUCACGCCGCGGCCACAACGACCAUGCGCCCAGCGCGGAACCAUGAAUUUCCACAUAUCGCCCCUCUCUCCCCUGCGGCCGCAGUUCUCCGGCUCCCUGAGCCCCAGCUCGAGCGCCGCGCGCCGCGAUAGCCCCUUCGGGCCCGACGACACUAACCAUGACACGGUGGGCUCCGUCGGCCAGCCCAAGAUCGAGGUCGACGGCGUCGAGGCCGACGACGAGCUGGCCAGCAGCGCCACGGGCUCGGGCUCGGGCUCGGGCUCAGGUUCCGACUCGGACAUCUCGGCCGACGACAUCACACAGGACAGCAGGGACGUCCUCGUGCAGCGGCUCAACGACCUCGCCCAGCGCCUAAGCGGCGCCGACGUGCGCACCGAGAACAUCGAGGCCCUCCACGCCCAGGUCGACGCCAUGGAGAAGCUCCUGUCGCGCCGCGCCCACAGGAGCCCCGCCCGCCUCCAUCGCACGCCGUCCUCCUCCUCCGCGCGGCGCAGCGCGUCCCUGCAGCCCGGCGCGUCGUCGCGCCCGAGGUCGCUGGUGCUGCCGGCCGCCGGCGACGGGCGAGAUGCGCUGGGGAUCAUGGCGCCCAUGAGUCCCUCGUGGCUGAGGUCGCACUUCCAGAGGCGCCCUUCCACGCACCGUGACAGGCCCGACGAGACCUCGGACCUUCACAAGGCCGCCCCCGUGCCGGUGCUGUCGGCGCAACAGCUACAGCCCGCCGAGGCGACGGCGACGGCGACGGCGACGUUCAGCAGCUCGCCCAAGAUCUCGUCCGAGAUGGCCGAUAGCAUCGUCCUGGAGGCCGAGAACCUGUGCGCCGAGAUGUCGUCCGUCAUUGAGAGCCUGCAGAAGCGGCGCGAAGAGUCAGAUCAUCUACACGCAGUAUCUAUCGAGCGAGAGGAAGCUGCAAAUGAGCGACUGCGGCAGCAGGAGGCGCGCAUCCACGAGCUCGAGGAGGCGGUCGAGGAGGACGAGUCGGAGCUCCGGUACCUGAAGAUCCAGCUGCGCGCCAUCGAGACGCAGUGCGCCGGCUACGUGCCGCCCGGCGCCGACCCGGAGCUGGAGCAGAGCAUCCGCUUCUGGAAGCGGGACUGGGAGGAGCUCAGGGACAAGUGGGCCGCAAGGAGGGGCACCCUGCUCCGCGGCCGCGAGGACGAGUCGGGCUCCUUUUCCGGCUUGACGAGCCCGUCCUCGGCGCGGUGAUGGGAAUUACUUGCGAACAGGGCGGCGGCAGCCAGGGACUGUUGUAUCUGUUCUGGGCGUGAAGAUUCAUCGAUACCCAUGAUUGCUUUUAUUCUGCUACACGAGGACAUAGAGGGGACGAAAGUGGUGGUCUGAGACGGAGGGCCUCGUACCUAAGUACGUAUUACAGAUUCUCAAACAGGGGCUGGGCUCUAGGCGAUUCUUGUCAGAUAUAGCCUUACUGGAGCGGUCCAGACACAAUGUUAAUAAUGCGAUCACCCAAUGGCCACGGCGCGAGGCGUCACGUCCAC